GGCCUACAAGGCCUGGGCGUCGCCCGGCCUUCCGGACCGGUCAUGGCGGCGGCGGCGGCGGCGGAGGGCUCCUAUCCGGCGCCCCUGGGGCCGCGGCAGGCGCUGCGAUGCCUCUUGGCGCUGCUGGCGAUGGCGGCGCCGCCGGCCGGGGCGCGGCUAUACCAGGCCGGCGUGGACCCGGUGUGGGUGCUGGAGGGCGGCGCGGUGCGUGAGGCGCUGCGGGACUCGGCCUCGGCCUGGCUGGUGCAGUUCUACUCCUCGUCCUGCGGGCACUGCGUGGCUUUCGCGCCCACCUGGCGCGCCUUGGCGGGAGACGUCCACGAGUGGGAUCCAGCAAUCAGGAUUGGCGUGCUGGAUUGUGGAGAUGAGAAAAACUACGAACCGUGCAAAGAGUAUGGAAUUCAGUAUUAUCCCACUUUCAGGUAUUUCAAAGCGUUUACCAAGCAGUUUACAGUUGGAGAAAAUCAUCACGCAACCUCAGAUCGGGAUCUUCAGAUCAUCCGCCAAACCAUGAUUGAUUUUCUCCAGAACCAUUCCCGAGAAGCAAAACCACCAGCGUGUCCCUCUUUGGAGCCAACUCUGCCAGAAGAAGUAUUUUCCCUUUUCAAUAAACACAGUCAGCAUUAUACUGCCAUCAUUUUUGAAAGCGGGAGCUCCUAUCUAGGCCGAGAGGUAAUCUUGGACCUGGGUCAGUAUGAAAACAUGGCCAUCAAACGGGUCCUAAAUUCUGAGACCGCUUUACUUGAAAAAAUUGGUAUUACUUCGGUCCCUUCGUUGUAUCUGAUUUAUCCCAAUGGAUCCCAUGGAUUAAUUAACAAUUUGAAGCCUCUUCGGUCUUUCUUUUCUUCCCAUUUAAAGUCACUGCCGGGAGUUAGAAGGAAACUCACUUCCCCACUCCCACUUCUCCAGCAAAAGAGGCCAGGAAACACGGACGUCAAGGAAUGGAAAGAGUUCGACCAGUCCAAAUUAUACAUGGCUGACCUUGAAUCUGGGCUGCAUUAUUUGUUCAGGGUGGAACUUGCCACCCACAAAACCCUAGAAGGCCCUGAGCUGAGGACCUUGAAAGAAACCGUUCUUCUCCUGGCCAAGCUCUUUCCUGGCCGUCAACCUGUGAUGAAGUCGCUGGAGACCUUACAGGUGUGGCUGCUGAGCCUCCCGCUGGACCGGAUCCCCUACGAUGCCAUCUUGGAUGUGCUCAACAAUAAAAUGCAUAUCUCUGGCCAGUUUCUGCCCAGCCGUCUCCAGUGGGUCGCGUGUCAGGGCAGCCAGGUGGGGCUGAGGGGUUACACCUGUUCCUUCUGGAAGCUCUUCCACACCUUAACAGUCCGAGCAGCAGCCCAGCCCAGAGCCUUGCUCAACACAGGAUUUGAAGACAACCCCCGGGGGGUCCUCCAGGUCAUGCAGAAGUACGUCCAGGAUUUCUUUGGCUGCCGAUCCUGCGCGGAGCACUUUGGGGAGAUGGCCAGAGCCUCCUUGGAUACCGUGGAGAGCUGGGACGGAGCUGUGCUGUGGCUCUGGGAGAAGCACAACGUGGUCAACGCCCGCCUGGCAGGCGAUUUGAGCGAAGACCCCCAGUUCCCCAAAGUGCAGUGGCCCACCCUGGCCCUUUGCCCCGCGUGCCACAAGACGACCCAAGGGCCCGCUGCCUGGGACAAGACGCAGGUGCUCCAGUUCCUGAAACAGCAUUAUGGCAGCCACAACCUCGUCCACACCUACCUCGAAGAAGCCGACAACGCCGAAGGACAAGAGGCCCAAGAUGGAGGAGAAGGAUUUCCAAAGGAAGCCGCUCCGGAGGCCAACAAGGGCCGAGAUCCACAAAAGUCCUUGGGCUCCAAGUCCAAAGGCUUGGACCACGGGAGAGCCAAGGAGGACUCCGUAGUCGAUCCAGGGAAAAGGCCGGGUGGCUCAGUGGUAGAGCAGGAAAGGAAGCAGGCGGUGUCGUUCCUGGGAGUGGGCUUCUCCAGUAUCGACAUGAGCCUCUGCGUCGUCCUCUACGUAGCAUCGUCUUUAUUUUUAAUGAUCAUGUUCUUUUUCUUCCGCGUGAGAUCCAAGCGCUGGAAAGUGAGACACAACCGUCCCCACGUAUAACGGAUCCAUCGGAAAUCAUGUUUCAGUCUGGAAACGGCUCUCUCCUGCUCGCCUGCCACUCGGGUAGCAGGGAAUCAGGGAUUUUUUCUCUCUCUCUCUUUUUUACAGCGCAAUGUUUUAAAUUUCACGAGACCGUGCCAUUGUUCCUCAUUCACUGUUGAACUGAUUCUCUGCUGUUGGACACUUUGAAUUUGGAACGGUGUAGAAAAAGGUGUUUUUUCUGAAGAAAUUAAAACGGUUCCGGUGAUGUUUUUCCUGGG